UUCACCUCUAGGAAAUCUCGGGGCUUUGCUCUAUCGAAAGUGCUCGUCGGGGUGAUUUUUGAUCACCACAAUGCUGAAGUGCUGGCGUCCGAAUGCAUUUUCUUUUGCUUUGCAAAGAAGAGUCGUGAACUUCAAAACCCCCGAGACGGAUUAUUAAUCCUGCUUUGCAGGGAAGGAAAACCCUCAGUCCCCGGUCACCGGCCACCCCUCUCCGGAGACUCUGCAAUCGUGAGGCGCUCAGAGUCGGAAGGGGACGCUUUGGGAAUGACCAUGCUCCACGGAGGGACAGAGCCGGCCCCCAGCUUCUCCACACAGAGCCUCCUCCACUAAAGCUCCAAAAAAUCAAAAACCGUAAUUGCCAGAAGAAUCAUUAAAAAAUAUAGUCCAGCCACUAACCUCACAUGCAAACGGAAUAAUUACUCUGGAUUCUGCAUUGUGAGCUGCUCUCCAUACCCUGAAUUACCUUUGAAUUCAAUCUUUUCUUUCCUUUGAAUUUGCAUCUCUUCAAGACACAAGAUUAAAACAAAACUCACGCUAAAUUGGAUUUUAAAUUACCUUCCUUUCAUUUAUCCUCCGUCUUUCUUAUGUGGAUAUGCAAGCGAGAAGAGGAGACUGGACAUUCCCAACAUGCUCACUCCCUUAAUCUGUCCGUCUAGAGGUUUGGCUUCUACAAAGCAAGGGAGUCGACGAGUUGAAGAUGAAGCCCCGAGCAGAGUGCUGUUCUCCCAAGUUCUGGCUGGUGUUGGCUGUCCUGGCCGUGUCAGGCAGCAGAGCUCGUUCCCAGAAGAGCCCUCCCAGCAUUGGCAUUGCUGUCAUCCUCGUGGGCACUUCAGACGAGGUGGCCAUCAAGGAUGCCCACGAGAAAGAUGACUUCCACCAUCUCACUGUGGUGCCCCGUGUGGAGCUGGUAGCCAUGAACGAGACUGACCCAAAGAGCAUUAUCACUCGCAUCUGUGAUCUCAUGUCUGACCGGAAGAUCCAGGGGGUGGUGUUUGCUGAUGACACAGACCAGGAAGCCAUCGCCCAGAUCCUUGACUUCAUUUCAGCCCAGACUCUCACUCCCAUCCUGGGCAUCCAUGGGGGCUCCUCUAUGAUAAUGGCAGAUAAGGAUGAAUCCUCCAUGUUCUUCCAGUUUGGCCCAUCAAUUGAACAGCAAGCUUCCGUAAUGCUCAACAUCAUGGAAGAGUAUGACUGGUACAUCUUUUCUAUCGUCACCACCUACUUCCCUGGCUACCAGGACUUUGUAAACAAGAUUCGCAGCACCAUUGAGAAUAGCUUCGUGGGCUGGGAGUUAGAGGAAGUCCUUCUGCUGGACAUGUCCCUGGAUGAUGGAGAUUCUAAGAUCCAGAACCAGCUCAAGAAACUUCAAAGCCCCAUCAUUCUUCUUUAUUGUACUAAGGAAGAAGCCACCUACAUUUUUGAAGUAGCUAACUCAGUAGGGCUGACUGGCUACGGCUAUACGUGGAUUGUGCCUAGUCUAGUGGCAGGGGAUACAGACACAGUGCCCUCAGAGUUCCCCACUGGGCUCAUCUCUGUAUCCUAUGAUGAAUGGGACUAUGGCCUCCCUGCCAGAGUGAGGGAUGGAAUUGCCAUAAUUACCACCGCUGCUUCUGACAUGCUGUCUGAACACAGCUUCAUCCCUGAGCCCAAGAGCAGUUGUUACAACACACAUGAGAAGCGAAUCUACCAGUCCAAUAUGCUAAAUAGGUAUCUGAUCAAUGUCACUUUUGAGGGGAGAAAUCUGUCCUUCAGUGAAGAUGGCUACCAGAUGCACCCGAAACUGGUGAUAAUCCUUCUGAACAAGGAGAGGAAGUGGGAGAGGGUGGGGAAGUGGAAAGACAAGUCCCUGCAGAUGAAGUACUACGUGUGGCCCCGAAUGUGUCCUGAGACAGAAGAGCAGGAGGAUGACCAUCUGAGCAUUGUAACCCUGGAGGAGGCCCCGUUUGUCAUUGUGGAAAGUGUGGACCCUCUGAGUGGAACUUGCAUGAGGAACACAGUCCCCUGCCAAAAACGCAUAGUCUCUGAGAAUAAAACAGAUGAGGAGCCUGGUUAUAUCAAAAAAUGCUGCAAGGGGUUCUGUAUUGACAUCCUUAAGAAAAUUUCCAAAUCUGUGAAGUUCACUUAUGAUCUUUACCUGGUUACCAAUGGCAAGCAUGGGAAGAAAAUCAAUGGAACCUGGAAUGGUAUGAUUGGAGAGGUGGUCAUGAAGAGGGCCUAUAUGGCAGUUGGAUCGCUCACCAUCAAUGAGGAACGAUCCGAAGUAGUCGACUUCUCUGUGCCCUUCAUAGAGACUGGCAUCAGUGUCAUGGUGUCACGCAGCAAUGGGACCGUCUCACCAUCUGCCUUCUUAGAGCCAUUCAGUGCUGACGUAUGGGUUAUGAUGUUUGUGAUGCUGCUCAUUGUCUCAGCCGUGGCUGUCUUUGUCUUUGAGUACUUCAGCCCUGUGGGUUAUAACAGGUGCCUUGCUGAUGGCAGAGAGCCAGGUGGCCCAUCUUUCACCAUCGGCAAAGCUAUUUGGUUACUCUGGGGUCUGGUGUUUAACAACUCCGUACCUGUGCAGAACCCAAAGGGAACCACCUCCAAGAUCAUGGUGUCCGUGUGGGCCUUCUUUGCUGUCAUCUUCCUGGCCAGCUACACUGCCAAUUUAGCUGCCUUCAUGAUCCAAGAGGAAUAUGUGGACCAGGUUUCUGGCCUGAGUGACAAAAAGUUCCAGAGACCUAAUGACUUCUCACCUCCUUUCCGCUUUGGGACUGUGCCCAAUGGGAGCACAGAGAGGAAUAUUCGCAAUAACUAUGCAGAAAUGCAUGCCUACAUGGGAAAGUUCAACCAGAGGGGUGUAGAUGAUGCAUUGCUCUCCCUGAAAACAGGGAAACUGGAUGCUUUCAUCUAUGAUGCAGCAGUGUUGAACUACAUGGCAGGCAGAGAUGAAGGCUGCAAGCUGGUGACCAUUGGCAGCGGGAAGGUCUUUGCUUCCACUGGUUAUGGCAUUGCCAUCCAGAAAGAUUCUGGAUGGAAGCGCCAGGUGGACCUUGCUAUCCUGCAGCUCUUCGGAGAUGGGGAGAUGGAGGAGCUGGAAGCUCUCUGGCUUACUGGCAUCUGCCACAAUGAGAAGAAUGAGGUCAUGAGCAGCCAGCUGGACAUUGACAACAUGGCAGGAGUCUUCUACAUGUUGGGGGCGGCCAUGGCUCUCAGCCUCAUCACCUUCAUCUGUGAACACCUUUUCUAUUGGCAGUUCCGGCAUUGCUUUAUGGGUGUCUGUUCUGGCAAGCCUGGCAUGGUCUUCUCCAUCAGCAGAGGUAUCUACAGCUGCAUCCAUGGAGUGGCUAUCGAGGAGCGCCAGUCCGUGAUGAACUCCCCCACCGCGACCAUGAACAACACACACUCCAACAUCCUGCGCCUGCUCCGCACAGCCAAGAACAUGGCUAACCUGUCUGGUGUGAAUGGCUCCCCACAGAGCGCCCUGGACUUCAUCCGACGCGAGUCAUCUGUCUAUGACAUCUCUGAACACCGCCGCAGCUUCACGCAUUCUGACUGCAAAUCCUACAACAACCCUCCCUGUGAGGAGAACCUGUUCAGUGACUACAUCAGUGAAGUGGAGAGAACUUUUGGUAACCUGCAGCUGAAGGACAGCAACGUGUACCAAGAUCACUAUCACCACCACCACCGGCCCCACAGCAUCGGCAGUGCCAGCUCCAUCGAUGGGCUCUACGACUGUGACAACCCGCCCUUCACCACCCAGCCAAGGUCUAUCAGCAAGAAGCCCCUGGACAUUGGCCUGCCCUCCUCCAAACACAGCCAGCUAAGUGACCUGUAUGGCAAGUUUUCCUUCAAGAGUGACCGCUAUAGUGGCCAUGAUGACUUGAUCCGCUCAGAUGUGUCUGACAUCUCCACCCACACUGUCACCUAUGGAAAUAUUGAGGGCAAUGCCGCCAAGAGGCGUAAGCAGCAAUAUAAAGACAGCCUGAAGAAGCGGCCAGCCUCGGCCAAGUCCCGACGGGAAUUUGAUGAAAUUGAACUGGCCUACCGUCGCCGGCCGCCCCGCUCCCCUGACCACAAGCGCUACUUCAGGGACAAGGAAGGGCUGCGGGACUUCUACCUUGACCAGUUCCGCCCAAAGGAGAACUCACCCCACUGGGAGCACGUGGACCUGACUGAUAUCUACAAGGAGCGUAGUGAUGACUUUAAGCGUGACUCAGUUAGUGGAGGAGGGCCCUGCACCAAUAGGUCUCACCUCAAACACGGGACAGGUGACAAACAUGUGGUCAGCGGGGUCCCAGCACCUUGGGAGAAGAACCUGACCAAUGUGGAUUGGGAGGAGCGCUCCGGGGGCAACUUCUGCCGCAGCUGCCCCUCAAAGCUGCACAACUACUCCACGACGGUGGCGGGGCAGAACUCGGGCAGGCAGGCGUGCAUCCGGUGUGAGGCUUGCAAGAAAGCAGGUAACCUGUAUGACAUCAGUGAGGACAACUCCCUACAGGAGCUGGACCAGCCAGCUGCCCCUGUGGCGGUGACAUCAAAUGCCUCCACUACUAAGUACCCCCAGAGCCCGACUAACUCCAAGGCUCAGAAGAAGAACCGGAACAAACUGCGCCGGCAGCACUCCUAUGACACCUUCGUGGACCUGCAGAAGGAAGAAGCCGCCUUGGCCCCGCGCAGCGUGAGCCUGAAAGACAAGGGCCGUUUCCUGGAUGGGAGUCCUUAUGCCCACAUGUUUGAGAUGCCAGCUGGUGAGAGCACCUUUGCCAACAACAAGUCCUCAGUGCCCACUGCCGGACACCACCACCACAACAACCCCGGCAGCGGCUACAUGCUCAGCAAGUCGCUCUACCCCGACCGGGUCACGCAAAACCCUUUCAUCCCCACUUUUGGGGAUGACCAGUGCUUGCUCCAUGGCAGUAAAUCCUACUUCUUCAGGCAGCCCACGGUGGCGGGGGCGCCGAAAGCCAGGCCGGACUUCCGCGCCCUUGUCACCAACAAGCCAGUGGUCUCGGCCCUUCAUGGGGCUGUGCCAGGCCGUUUCCAGAAAGACAUCUGUAUAGGGAACCAGUCCAACCCCUGUGUGCCUAACAACAAAAACCCCAGGGCUUUCAAUGGCUCCAGCAAUGGGCAUGUUUAUGAGAAACUUUCUAGUAUUGAGUCUGAUGUCUGAGUGAG